AUGCCGAUACACAUGCUGAUUGAAUGCUCUAGCUUGGAGUUUGGAAUUCCGGGAGACACCAAUGAGUUGGAGCUGAUCUCCAUCAAUGCCAGGCAGAGGCUGCUGGUGAAUUCGUUGCGGCACUCGAGCUCCGGCGGAGAGGGGCCUCAAUUGACUUCCGAUUGGGCGCAACAGGAUGAGCAGAACACUACAUCCACCAUUGCUGACUCGGAACAGGAAGAAGAAGGUGAGGAUUCGGCAGCCGAAGAGGGCCCGGUGGCUUCCUACGCCGCCGCCGAAGAUGGGGAUGAUGCAAUUGAGGCGCAGGAGCCGUCGGAGGAUGCCAAAGUGUUCGUCGGUAACUUGUCGUACGAUGUGGAUAGUGAGAAAUUGGCUAUGCUCUUCGAGCAAGCUGGAACUGUAGAGAUUGCUGAGGUCAUUUACAACAGGGAGACUGAUAGCAGCCGUGGUUUCGGAUUUGUGACCAUGAGUACUGUUGAAGAAGCUGAGAAGGCUGUCGAUAAGUUCAACAGCUAUGACAUGGGAGGGAGGUUCUUGAUAGUUAACAAAGCUGCUCCAAGAGGAUCAAGGCCGGAGCGGGCUCCCCGUGUGUUCGAACCUGGUUGCAGAGUCUACGUUGGGAACCUACCAUUGAGUGUCGAUGAUUCUCGCCUCGAGCAAGUCUUCAGCGAGCACGGCAAGGUCACAAAUGCUCGAGUAGUGUAUGACAGGGACAGCGGCCGCUCACGUGGGUUCGGGUUUGUGACAAUGGCUGAUGAGACGGAGAUGAACGAUGCCAUUGCCGCUCUUGAUGGACAGUCUCUUGAUGGGAAAUGGUUUCCUGAAAGAGAACUGGAAUUCAAUUGA